GCUGAAGUUGAGCUCGUUGAAUGGGGUUCAGUGAGGGGUUAUAUAACUUCAACUUCAUAUCAAAGAGCAGUGUUCUUUCGUACGAUGGCUAGCAGGAAGAGAAAACGAAGACCUCCGGAGAGGUUUAGCGAAGAAAAGCGAACUAAAAUGACUUGGAACAUGCUUGACAUGGCGGCGGUUUGUAUGAGCGAGGAAUCAGCAACCAUCCCUUCCUCUUGGCCUUCAAGCACUCGUGGAUUGAAUUCUUCAAAAAGAAAUAAGAAAAAUACUUUAGAUCGAAGAAAUUUAGAAUUAAAUCUGGAGAACAAUUAUCCUGAGCACUAUGUUUGUCAACUUGGUACGCUUCACAUCAGCUUAUGCACCAACAGAGAACAAGAAAGUGAGGUGCGAUUAAAUGGCCCGGGAAGUAAUGGUUUGAAGUUAACAUCAAAUUCAGUUAAUCCUCAGGAGUGGACUGAUGGCAAAUAUUCUUGUGUCACUGUAAGAUUGUCAUUCGAGUCUCGGUGUUCAGAACCAAUGGCAACAACAAAGAACAUGAACUUGGCUGAUGAGCAAAAUAAGAGUCCUGACGUGGACUCUUUGACUCAAGUGGUCUUUAAGGCUGUAGUUCCCUCUGUUUCGGAGGAGAGGCUAGAGGCUUUGGCCUACUUACAAAGCAAAGGAGUCAUCUCAUUGGUUUUAAAGCCGGAACAGCUUAUUUUAAAAGACUGGUGGGAGGUUGUCGUGUGUUUAAAUGAGAGCGGUCUUACCAAAUUACCAUUUGGCAGUAUGGAUACCAGAAAAAGAAAAAUAGAUGAGAUGGUAAAGGUAUUAGUGGCUUGGUUUUGUGAGCUCUCUGCGGAGAAUGAUUUGGUUAUUGAUGAAUCUGAUGUCUUGGGAGGAAUUGGGGGUUUUGUGGAGCUGUACGAUGCAGUCAAGCAGGCUAGAGAAGGAGGUUGUGGAACUGGUGAAGCAGCAUUGCAUAUUUCUAAGCUGCAGGAAAAUCCUUGUCCACACAACAGUCACCCCAGGUGUAAGUAUGACACCAACGGGAAGAGGACUUGUGAUUGCAGUGUCUGGAAUACCAAGUUUGAUAAUAUACUUAAUGGGGUGAUUAUCAAUGAUGUUCAACAUCCUAAACUCAAACCUGUGUUAAGAGGCUAUCAGAAAAAAGCAGUCAAUUGGAUGCUGAGAAGAGAACAAAGCUGUCAACUUCAUUGUCUUGAAAACCAUCUCAAUGGUAAACCCAAUAAUGUGCUAUUGAUCAUAGACAUCAACUUGCUCUCUGCCCGCCCCCCCCACCCGCCAUCCUUCCAGUCACUUGACUUGUUCAUGUGCCAGAGGUGAAGAAUACCAGAGGUUAGGGGUCAAAAAUGUGGAAAAAAUUGCUGCAGUUCAAUAACUGUGGUGUAGAAUAUUAAUACUUCCAUGAAAUACAGCAUUGACACAGAUUGUGAGAAUCUGAGGGAAAAAUCUGUUCCUUUGUUGACCUUUGUUAAAAUUUGAACACCUCUGAACUCCACCUUGGCCUUAUAAAUGGGACUUUGAAUAACUUUAUUUUCAAAAGUUCAAAAUGCUGAGAUGGAGUGAAAGAGGGGGUUGCAUUUUGAUGUUUUCUCAACAAAAUUUCUCAGUCAUAGAAAUUUUUAUGUGACUUUGUAACUGAAUUCUUCUUGCAGCUUCAUUAGAUGCUAUUCACCCCUUGUGGCAGCAAGUCAAUACAAUGGAUGGAAAACAGAUUUACUUUAAUCCUUAUACUGGGAGGUAAAGCACCAAACAUUUAGAGAAAUCAAUAACUUAAUAUUUGCUCACACAACUUCUCCCAAGUUGUUUCAAUAACAUGUCUUAAUAACUUCUACUUUUAGGCUCACAAAAGAAAGAUUUCCCUUGCCAAAUCUGCCCCUUGGAGGGAUCUUAGCUGAUGAAAUGGGGCUUGGGAAGACAGUGGAAGUAAUUGCUUGUAUUCUUUGCCACCCUAAACCAUCUGGCCCUAAUUCAUUAGAUAAUAAAAGAACAUCCUCUUAUACACGUAGCUCAAGUAUAAACCAAGGAAAUCCUUCUUCAUCUAGUGUUCAUGGCGGGCCAAAUCACGUUUCCACACGUUGUGAAAUUUUCAGUACAGGAGGCUCUAAUGUGAGUAUUGUUAAACCAGAUCACAGGACUCUGGAUGACAAGGAAAGAAUUGAUCUUUCCUCAUCCAUUGAUGUGGGAAAUGAACUUGCACCUAAUGAACACAGAUGUUUGAACAAUAAACCCUCAGAAGGCAAUAGUGACUGCCAAGUAGGGUUAAAGAGUAGUGGGACUGAAACAGAUGACAAUCCUAAUGAAAGGUCUUGCGAUUUGCCUGGUAAUUGUAGCAGGAGUGAGUCUGAAUCAUCCAGAACUACAUACACAAAACAUGAUGUUGUCAAAGCUGUCAGUGAAGAAAUUAGUUGCUCAGUUCAUGAGCAGAGACUGGAAAAGGAUGAAACCAUACCAAAUCAUGGUUUUUGUAAACCACAUUGUGAAUCAACAAGUGUCAGUUUUGGGCAACAUUCAAGUUCUUUAACAACUUCUAGCAAUUCACAGGAAGAGUGUGCUUUUAAAAAUUUGGGAAAGACUGUUGAAGAAGGGGAUGAAAGUGGUUGUGUUCACGAUAAAACAGCUGGAUUAAAUCAGGAAUCAGACAUUUCCAACUGUGUAAAUGUACCUACACCGCACAAUAGUUGUAAUGCGGGAAAUGUGAAAACAAAAGACACAGAAGACUUUGGGCUGAAAAAGUCUAAGGAAUUUGCUGCAGCUCAAAAAAGUGCCAUUAUUGAUUCAUCCAGCUCUUCAGGUGCAUCAGUUAAAAACAGUGCUACCAUAAAAUGUCAGUGUAUCUGUGGUGUAACGUCAGCAAGUUAUGAUGAUGCACUGUUGCAAUGUUGUGGGUGCGAAGCUGUUUUUCAUGCUGCAUGCCUUCAGUACCACUGUCCACAAGAGUUUAUAUGUCCACAUUGUGCUUUAAAGCAAGUAAGGGCAUAUUUCAUUGUUUGCCUUCUAUUCCAAGUUUCUUUGUCGUGCAGAAGUAACCUUACCUUCCCUAUUCCUGAUUCCUUCCACAUACUUACACCAGAGAUUCCAACCCUGUCAACUAAAAAAGGGAGGCUUUAGGAGCGGCAUAGCUACUCCCACAAGUGCUGAGGCUGCGAGCCUCUAGUGGUGUCCCGGGCUUUGAGGGAAAAUAUUUAAGAUAUGUGCCCUUAAGAUGCCUUUUCCUGCAUUUUGAAACCACAAAUGAAUGCAAACCUUGCACGAAGUUGAGGCAAUCUAGUGUAUAAUUACUGCUCCCAAAAUUAUCGCAAGCUCAUGCUCAGUUGCCAUAAGGGUAAAAAUGGCUGAAAAACCCCAGAGAAAAGGCAAAGAAUCAUGCUAAAAAGACUGUUUAAACAAAGAAAGGAAGAGUUAAAUUAGAAACUGGGAGAAUAUUAAGCAAAAAUGGGAGGUCAGAAAUAUUUGCUGAAAACAGGAGGUUUCCCGCCAAAAUAGGAGGGUUAGAAUCCCUGAUACACUGUUCACAGUAUAUUUACUAGAUGCAUCUUGGACUUUUCAGGUGUGGCCUAGAGAGAAUAAUGGGAGAGGUUGGGAAACACCCUGUCUAGGCCUUGGGAUAUGUGAUAUGUGAUUACAUUGAUGUAAUUUGAUUUUGGUGUUCCAUCUGAAAUUGACAUUUCAGCAUUUGGCAUUUCCAUUUUCUCAGUUUACAUUUGGCUUGUGGCAUUUCAUACUUCACACUUCACACUUCUUAUUCCACACUCACAUUUCACGUCAGUGAUAUUGUUGUGCUCUCAGAGUUAAAUUCUAAUUGCCUGUUUUUCUUUUUGAAGCCAGCAGUACCAUCUCGGGCAACUUUAAUCAUCUCUCCAGCACCCAUUGCUCAACAGUGGGUGGACGAAAUCUUCAGACACACAGAACCAUCGUCAAUAAAGCUACUGGUGAGAAACAACGGCAUGGUUGCAUUAGUUGCCUGGGAAAGAUUGACUAAUUUUACGCUAUUUUAACACAAUUUUUCAGGUGUAUGAAGGAGUGGCAAAAUCUGGAUUUAUUCUACCUGAAGUUCUUGCUGAUCAUGAUGUGAUUUUGACAACUUAUUCCACACUGAGAUCAGAUUUUUAUCACUUAGGAUCUAAACAAGGUCAGUCCUUCUGCAAUAAUCAACAUAAAUGCUGUGUGAAUCCCAGAAAUUCUUUUCUAUUCAGUGAAUAAUUUUAUGAUGUUUUCCUUACUCUCUGUUUUCUCGUGCCCCCAUUCCCUCCUCUCUCUGCACUUGUAUGGCAAUAAUUGACACUUAGUUAAAUACAUGUCACACCUACUAUUGACGCAAAGCGCAAAGGGCCAGCAGAAAUAGAACUACCAGUAUUUGCCGUGGCAAUAUUGAAAAGGAAACAUUACGAUCUUGUAAGAUUGGCUGAUAAUCAGCAAAACAAAACAAAAUUGAUGAUAUCAGAACUGGAAUAAGUUAAUGUGAGAGACAAAUAUUUUUUAUGUUAAAUUUUUAAUUUGUUUCAGUUACUUUGAGUAUCAAAACAAUCUGGAUCUGGCGUUUCCAAAAAACUUGAGAGUGGGCUCUUCCAAAGGAAUUCUUCUUCUUGUAAUAUUUUUUGUCUUAGCCACACGUGCAUUUUUAAAAGUGAUGGUUUAAUUUGCUCAAUUUUUGAAAGGAAAUGUUGAAGGAAGAGCCAGGAGAUAUGACAGGCGGUAUAUUGCAGUACCCAGCCCACUGACAGGUAUUUUAUUUUGGCGAAUCUGUCUUGAUGAGGCACAGAUGGUGGAAAGUACAACAGCUAAGGUUAGCACUCCUUAUAAUUAUGCAAGUUACAAAUGUCAUUAUUAGUAUCAAUCAAAGCCAUUGAAACUCCUUGGGGUGAUAAUAGAUGAAGAACUUAAUUUCAACAAGCAUAUAUUGAGUAGCAUGUGCAAAAAGGCAGCUCAAAGAAGUUUUAAUUUUGUGUUGUGGUGUGGGCAUUGUUUAGUGUCUUUUCAUUCUUUUGUAUUAUGUCAUUUGGUGGUCACACCUGUCUGCAACACCAAGAAACUACCAAUAUUCUCAUCUGUUUGCUUGCUAUUCCACCUUUGUUGCAUAGGCAGCUGAAGUAGCUCUUCACCUGAACAGUGUACACAGAUGGUGUGUCACAGGAACACCAAUACAAAAGGGACUGGAAGGUAAGAAAAUGAAAAAUGUUAAAUUACAUGGUCACAUCAUACUUCCCAUAAUUGACCACUUAAAAUGCCAUUUAAGUUAAUAGUGACAUUGCUUUGAUCAAGAUGCCAAUAUCUAAUCAGCACUUAAUUAGAGAUCACUUACUCGACAGCUGGAUCACAGGGAAUGAUUCAUUGAAUUUUUUAAUCUUAAAUUAUUGGAAUGCACAAAUUGUCUAUCAGCAUGCAUUUCCUGCUUUUGUUUAUUGUGACAGAUAUUUAUGGCUUGCUGUUGUUUCUUGGCAUUGAUCCAUACUGCUACCACAAGUGGUGGAAGGCCUUGCUGUAUGAACCAUACAAGAACGGGCAAAGACAAGCACUGUACAACCUUCUGGCAAAGGUUAUGUGGAGAAGUGCCAAGAAAGAUGUCAUCCAUGAGGUAAACUUGUCAUUUUAACAUUCUGCAUUAUUUUAGGAGGUGAAACUGCAUAAUUUUGCAGCUGAAGAUCAAUGAUGACCCACUCAAGCAAAAUACAUAAAAUUCACCUCCUAAGACAUCAAUCAUCUGGCAAAUCAAGACUCAUUGAAUAGUUCAAACCUCCCAGAACCAAUAAUAAUAAUAAUAAUAAUAAUGAUAAUAGUAAUAAUAAAUUAUCAAUGCUUUGACACAGAGUUCUGUUUGAUAGCAUCAGAGAAAACAAUAUACAACAAUCUUACAAGAAUUUCGCAAAUAUAUUUGAGCAUUGUGGUUCAAAAAUUAAAAACAACCCAGUUUGAAAAUUUCAACCCAGUUUAAAAACUGUAACCUAGUUUGGAAAUUUUAAGCUAGUUUGAAAAAUUGAAACUGGUUCAUGAAAAAUUAAACCAAAAAAUUUGAAGCAUAACAUAUAUAAAAUGUAUUAGCUUCUGGACAAUAAAUUGAGUCUGGCUCGUUGGCUGUCUUUUAAUUUUUUCUGCCACUUAUUUUUUUCUAUGAAAUUUUACUGAAAUGACUUUCUAUAAUUAACUGAAUCUAAAACAAUUUUAGAUUCGCUUACCUGAUCAAGAGGAGAAGGUGAAAUGGCUGAUGUUCACUCCAGUGGAGCAGCAUUUUUAUCGCCGUCAACAUGAGGAGUGUGCCAGAACUGCCAUGAAGGUUUCUAUAAACUUUUUAAAGGCUAUUGACAAAACCUACAGUGUAGAUUGAGCAGACUGGAUCAACCCCUGAAACAUUAUUCCUAACCUUUUAUUAUUAUAGCAAAAUACAGGAGUUUAUCUGAUCUGGUCCCAUCCAGGUUUUGUUGAUGCCUCUUUUUAAAGUUCAUGAUGAAUUUGUAAAGAUGAGCAUCAGCUAGCAGUCAGGUGAUCCUUGUCUAAAUCACAAACCAGGUACUGGGAUUCAGGCAGGCUGAACAGGUUAAAAGUCAGUUCAGCUCAGUUCAGUUAACUCAUUAUUAUUUUCCCUAAUUUUGCACUAUCUGUAGUGAGCAAGAGCUAGUCGAGGUGGGCAGUGGUUAGGAAGGUAUUUAUAGAAGCACUAUUAUUUCAAAAAAAGAGAAAACAGGAGAAAGAACAAGAAAGUUGUUGAAGAAUAUAAGUGCCAUGAAAUUUUGAUAUAAUGAACCUCUAUGUAAUAAAGUCCUCGGUAUAACAAACGAUUUUCUUUACCCCAGUAAUAGUAAAAUGUAUGGAAAAGAACCUCAAUACAGUCGCACCUGUAUUAAACGGUCACCCUCGGGGAAUGGCUAAGUGACUGCUUAAUACAGGGUGACCACCAAUAGGUUGCAAGAAAUACAGGUUAAUGAAUGUCCAGUACUGAUAAGAUCAGAAGUUUGACCUCAAAUAGAAACAUUCAUUUCCGGCGUUUUAAUGAUUUGCGAAAAUAACCAAGAAAAUCAAUUGUUGCACCUCGUGUGUUACAUUAUUUGAAACUGUAUGAACAAGUAAUCGACACCUUUUGACCGUUAAAUACAGGUCAAGACAAUAGAAAAAGUUCCUUUGGGACUUCGUAAAUGGUGACCCCGAAUCUUAAUAGAGGUGGCCGCUUAAAUAGAGGUCGCAAUUACAGUACAUCAAGGGGCGUAAUUUUUGGGACUUUAAAAACUGACCGCUUAAUAGAGGGUGACCGCUUAAUACGGUGCCGCUUAAUACAGGUUUCACUGUAUAAUGAAACCUCGUUAUAGCGAACAAAUUUCACCAUCCCCUCGGCCCUUCAUUAUGUGGAGGUCCCACAAUAAAUCCUGUGUUUGUCGCCCAAAUUUUGCAUGAGACAUUGUCUUCGCAUGUUUUAGGGAAUAUGCAGUCCUCCCAGGAACACUUAAGGUCUCAAUCUGUCUGGAACUUCACAUUAAACAAGGCCUUUAGCAGCAGACCAUGUUUGUUACAGAGCAUUAAAUUUGUGCUGUUUUUUUCUGAUUUGCAUGUAGUUGUUGAGUCACUGGGAGAAGACUGACACCAUGUUAAGUGCUAUAGACAGACAUGCAGUUCAUCAGGUGAUUGGGGCUUGAUUUUCUACUCAAGUCAACAGGGUUCUCAUUAAGUACGGCAACCAGCUUAAAAACUGGCUACUUUGAGGUGUGAACCCCAGAAGUGGUGGGGGUACUUCGGAUUUCAAGUGACAGCUAUGAUUGAAUGGGGGCAAAUAUAAAAACUCAAAGAAUCCCUGGACCAAAUUUCCGAGCCAUAAAAAUUCCCAGAGGAACUAUGUAGCUGGGAUACGUGGAAACUAUCACAAUCUUCAGAUUGUUUUGAAUACCCCCCAAAAUCCCUACUUAAAUCACGCUACCCCAAAAAAUCCCAAUAUCGAAAAUUUGAAACCCCCAAAACAUCCUUCAAUCAUCCCUGUCACUUGAAAUCCGGAGUACCCCCCCUGGGGUGUGAGCUAUCUACUUUUGUGGGAAAAUGGGUAAAGUGAGGGAGUAAAAGCCUCAAAUUGCCUACAACACUUGAUUGCCAAGCUACCUACCUACUGUAAAAAUUAAUGAGAACCGUGAGUCAACAGAAUGGAUCUGUUAUUGUCAGGGACUGAGUGUUAGCAGUGAAACUGCUUUUGAGUUGGCCAAUGGUAAGAAUAUUGUUAAUUUACCUCACACUCCACUUGGAGUAUUUUGUUGUAAUGCAAAAGUUUUGUUAGCCAAACACGUAUUUUAAGAUAAAUAUGAGUGGUCCGUUUUUUUAACAGUAUUUAGCAUAAUUUUUGCCAUCAUCAUGUGCAUGUAAUGGUAAUAAAAUUGUUAUUGAUUUUAUUUUUCUUCCUUUCUCAGUUGUUGAAUCCCUUACUACGGUUACGUCAGGCCUGUUGUCACCCUCAAGCUGUGAGAGGAGGUUAUCUGUCAGUGCAGAAAAGGUACAUGCUUCUGUUAAGCGACAGCUGUUACUAAAAAAGCAUCAAGCGACAUACAACUUACAACCAGUACUUACAAUACUGAAAUUAACAUUCUAAUCCCUCUUAUAGUUUGUUUGUUUUUUUUUGGAAAACUUGAAAGUCUCCUGAAAGUCUCUCUCUGAAAGUCCUUCUUUUAAAGGGUCAGAAGAGAUGACGAAAGGAAUGUAAAUUGGGUCCUACUUAUAAAGGUGUCCAUUAAAACAGAGUUGACCCUCAACAGCAUCUUUAAUAUUCAAGAGAGAGUUGACUGCCAAUUCUCUCUUACUCUCCUUAUGAUAAUUUACACUGUACGUUAUCUUAUUCUCACAGCACGCUCACGAUGGACAAGUUACUGGAGAGUCUGAUUUCCAAAGCUAAGCUGGAGUGUGAAGAAGCACACAGACAACUCUUGUUUGCUUUUAAUGGUUGGUGUACCUAAUUAAAAUAAGAUUAGCAAAACAAUUUUCCUAAUUUUGUAAUAGUUAUUUAAGAGUUCCUAGUUAAGUCCUUUAAAAGACUGGUCACCCCCUCAUCCCUCAUCCCCCUUCCCCCCAGAUGUGCAACCAAAAUGUGGCAGUCAUGUCUUGUGGAUCUGCCUUGAGUAAAAGUUAAACUAAAGGUUGUUUAAAUGAUAGUCAAGUUUGGACUUAUUUUAUCUGGUAAGUAACUUGGAUUUUGAAGUGAAAAGCUCUCACCUUACUCGUAUUCUUUUUUACUGGCUACUAAGUAUAUGUAUAGACUGACGUGAAAAAAAUAUUGCUAUCCACAGGUCUUGCUGGAGUUCAUAUUUUGAAGGAAGAGGUCUGUGUUGUUUCUUAACCUUAUUAAACUCAUAUUAUGCAGUAAUUUAAAUCUGAGUAAAUCACACUAAAGGGUUAAUUUCUUGUUUGUUGUUUGAUAUAAAAUAUAGUGGCCACAAGCUGUUGAUAUGUACAGAGAAGCCAUGAGAUCUUGGACAGAGCAUGAAGCUACCUUCAGAACUGAUGCACUUCAGGUAGUCUAGGAAAUGUGUCAAAUUCCAUUGUAGGUCUAGAGUCCUAGAAUUACAUUCUCUUUGAGAAGGAUGGCUUGUCCGUCUACAGGAAAAUUGGAUCGAAACCCACCAACUAUGGCCAAGGUUUAUGAUAUUCCAAUCACUAACAACCUCAGUGGCAGAAAUAGUCCUCCUCAGAAAAUCGACACUAUCACCUGAUAAAGACCUGCAGCAUGUGGUCAAAACAUCACAACCAAUAUCUAGGUGACAAUUGUGAGACAAAUAAUAAACUAAACCCUUUAAGGAUAAAUUAGUUAAAUUUGUUGAUUUAGUAUCUCCAGUCUUCUUUUAUUUUACCUUUACAUGCUGAUUUUGCUUGAUAUUCAUUAAUUUUGUGCCCACAAUUAUGAUUUUAUUUGGUGCAGAAGUUACACACCCUCUUCAACUUGUCUGAAGUCCUCCAUCAACAUCAGUCAGGCAGUUCAAGAACUUUAAAUGAUGAUAAACUACAGGAUCAAGUGAGUCUUGUCUUGACAAACUGAAAUUGUGACAUGUCUCAUAAAUACUAAAUACAACACUAUCCAUCUCAUUUUCUACUUUCUCUCUUGUUUGCUAGCUACCUCUAUGUUCAAGUUUCUACCAUCUUGUCUUUCUUUUCCAUUCAAUUCCUACUCUCUUAUCUACUUGUUUUCACCCCUUUUAGAAUAACAAUUUUUGGACUUAUUUUCAGGUAAAAGAUCUUAAAAACAGCUACAUGCAAAGAGCCAGUACUCAAGUAACCGCAGCACAACAAAAUUUGGAUGUUGCCAAAUCAACUCUUGCUGAAAUUAAGCAAAAAGUGAGUUUGUCCAUGGUUUGAAAGGCUCAUUGUGUCCUAAGUCAUAAUGAAAAAUAGUAGCUAAUAGUAACCACAGCUUAUGGAAUGUGUUUGGCUGGAAACAUUUUAGUGACAGUGUUGUCUUUCAGUUGAAUAGAGUAAUUUCACUGUCUUUCAUGCUUUGCUGACAAAAUAGACUCUCUCUGCAAACAACCUGCUGGAUUCAGAAGCAGCACACUUUUUGCUAGGACUUUGAUAAAUCAUUCAAAGGAAAAUUCUAAGAAGCAAAAAAGAGCUUUUCACUAAGAAAAUGUAAACUAGGGAAUGGGAUUGUGGUGUAUAUAUAGUGUUGGAAGACAAAUGAUGAACGGAAAAUCCUUCAAUAAGUUUACCUUGUGUUGAUAGGGUACCCAUUCAUUUCUCAAACAAAAUUAAAAAAACUGCAAUGCUUGAUAGAGAGUGAGUGCCUAAGACACUCAGGAGCUCUUGCUGUUAGUAGUCAGCUCCUUGAUGGAGACCCUUUCCAUGGAUGGCAAAGCCUUGAAACCCAGCCAUGAGCCCCACCCAGAUGGACGACACCCAUCCCUCUGAUAGAACUGUAGAAAGGGGAAGAGGUUAUGUCCUUCUGGUAGAGGGGAAGCGCCUUUUACCAAGUGCUUACCUGCUCAAAACGACUAACUUUGCCCUCUAAAGGUCUUUCAGUCUGCGCACACAUGAAAUCCUGGUGCCUGCAGGGCUCGGCAAAAGACCUGUCCCAUCGUCUGGGACUAGUAGAUUUUUUGGACAAGUGACUUUGCAACCUUACUUGUCCAAUGGGCAAGGGUACAUGCAAGUCGUCAAGUACUUAAACCGUUAGCUAAGGCAAGGAAGCAAUAGCCUGCAUAGCAGGCGCUUGAAAAAUGUUUUUCUUGAGCCCAUAUUACUCUCAAACGCCUGCUACGAGGGCUAAGGAAGAAAUGGCCCUGGGCAAGCAAAAUUUAAGAGCUGCUUGUCCAAAGGACAAACUGCAAUUCAAACUUUUUUUAAGGACUGGCAUUUAUGUCUCUCAGCAGUGUUGACUAUAGGGAAACAUGUGUGCUCUCUGUUCUAUUAACUCCAUUAAACUGCGUUUAGAUGCAACAGUAACCUGAUUAAGUCGAAAUCUUGUAGCAAUGAAGCAGAGCGUGGUCUUUACUUUGUAAUUACAUGUGCUGUUCUGUUCAGGUGGAUUUGCAUUCCCCAUGGUGGGUGGAAGCUCUUCAGAACACAGCAACCAAAGGAAUGGAAGGUGAUAUCUGUCAAAGGAUCAAAGAUGAAUUAUCAUCCACAGCCACAGAACUGGGUUCUAUUGGAAGGUGUGUUGUGCUUAGUUAUUCUUCUUAGCUAUUAGCUAUAAUAUUAUUUUGCUACAGUUUUGUUCCAAAUCCUUCAGCAAAACACUGCAUGAAUGCACUCUCCAUAAUUUGGAUACAGUUAUACCUCAUCUAGCGUACUAGUGGUUUAAACUACAAUUCUUGUAAAUUUCGGUAUUUGGGUAGCUGGUCGCUCAUAAGAGGUGAUUGUUUAUGAGUGGUAGUCAAACAUGGAGGUUUGACUGUAGCCGUUGUAAAUGAAACUGAAGAUAAACUCAGCAACAUUUGUUUACAAGUUGUCCACACUUUCGUUCGUUCUCUGUAUUUUGUUCAAUUUGCGCGUGGUUUAACUGUUACAAUUCUGUCUUCACCAAUACUUUUGGCAGGUUUACAGACCUCCGUGGAUUACAAUAUCUUGUAUCUUCUAAACUUGACUUAAUUGAGGUAAGGCGUUAAAACAAAGCCCUAAGAGGGGGAUGCUUGGUACUACCUCUCUUCUGUUUGUUUCUUCAGGGGAGAGGGGAAGGGGGCAAUCUAGGUACAUUCCAUUUGACUUAAGAUUCUCAGUGCAUUGGCCUCUGAAAGGAAAUACGUGAAAUGAUUCAUACUUUAAACUGCGGAUAAAGAUAUGAAAGUGGAAAUGAUCCUCGCCGUCGAAUAAACAACCUAAGCGUUUUAAAAAGAACCUGAAAAAAUUCAGACUUGACCGGGAAUGGAACCCUGACCUUUGCGAUGACCGAACACAACGCUCUCUCCAUUAAGCUAAUCAAGCCAACUGGAGAGAAGGCCAUCGUAUCCGUCGUCAUAAUUUUUAUGUCGUCUAUGAAAAAUUGUAAUUGAGGAUGCCUAAUUUACACAAGCUUUACAGUUUUCUUUAAGCCUCCUCGCCAUUACUUUCUACAUUAUUGUAUCUUUUUUUGUAAUUGUAACAAUUUAUCUGUGUGGCAAAAAAAUAAAUACAAAUACAAAAGUAGUGGCGAAUUUAUGAUACCACGACAUGUUGACGGUAGCGAAACCUUAAAGUGAAUUUGCACUUGCUUCUAACAAACUUCAACUCGAUCAAUUUGUCAAACGUAGACGCAUUCUAGCCUGGACUCAGAUUUGUAAGGACCGCAUCCAAGUUCUUAAAAAGAAAUAUCUAUUUUCGAUGUUUUCGUCACGGUCGUGUAAUCUUAUACUCUUUGAUAUUGAGGCCAACUGCUACAAAUGAAAGAAGACUAACACAUCAUGUUACUGUCUGUCCACAGUCCACUUAUAAUAACUUGCUAGUGUCUCUGGAAAGCCUUGUGGUGCCACCCACUCCUCAGCUGGUACAAGCCAGUGCUGAAUGUUGCUUGAGGCCAGCAGAUGAUAGUCGUGCCAGCAGGUAUAACAUCGUUGAGUGAGCGUGAGACUAGGGAUCUUAACAAAGGUGGAUUUUCUUCUCCUUUUUCAAGAAAGUACGCAUCCACUUGUGGCGUAUUUAAAUCGUUUUUGCUCAUCCACACAAAUGAACUGAAAUGAACAUCAUCGUAUUUUUCAACUCCGUUACUUAAACGAGAAGCCGGUGUUUUCAAAAAUCUUCACUCUGGGGAACGUUUUCAAAAACCUGCGUGUUGGGGGCCCGAAAACACCGUUUACGUGUGAACAGAAGGCUGUAAAAUGGAGAAAAAAUAUCCGUUUUCAAAAAUAUCCGGAUACCUGUGGAUGGGCUCUGAGUCUGUGUUUGUUUGUUUGUUUUUUUUUCAGAUGUGCCUUUUGUCAAGUGGAUGACAUUUUUACUGAAUAUGAGUCACGUAUUUUUGGUCACCAGGGAAUGAAGGGAGUGGAUGACAAUAAGUAAGUUUAAUGUCCAGUACUUGAUUCUCCCUCGGUGAUUGCAAAACAUUUCUCGUAUUGUUGUCAGAGAGACUGGGGUAGCAUAGCCUGUUCCAGGCUCCAAGAUAGUGGUGAAAAGUCGUUCAGUCAAAAAAAGCGAAAAACUCGCGAGGACUGGGGAGAGACAGCCCAAGUCGUGCGGGUACUUUAAAAACAAACUCUCUAUGAAGCUUAGCCGAGAGUAGUAUGAUAAUUUCAAGUUCAUUAUACUAGAUGCUUCAGUCUAACCUUUAAAUUGUCUUUUUUCACAGCUUGCAGACUGAUGAAUCCCUUGAUUGGCAUCGUCAUGGUAACACAGGAGGCUUAAGAGCGGAGUCUGAGGUUGAGAAAGUAUUGAGAGUGGUGCACAACUUUAUAAAGACUAACAGUGAGUUGUAAUAAAUAGAGAUAACACAGGUGCCUUCUGAAUCUCAACAACAGCCAAUAAAAGAAGGAAGAUAGUAUCCCCAAAACAUUCCCAUGGUACAGUUCGAAACAACCCAAACCCAGUCUCUCGGGCGCCCCCAAGAGGGUGUUUGGUGUGAAUGGUCACGCCGUAGUAUUUUGUCGACCGGUUUAAAGUAAGAACCACUUUACAUACCAUCAUACCUGGUUCCUUACUCUCAUUCUAAAAGUGGAGUGGGUAGCAGUGGCGUAUCCAGUGGAGCCCCCUAUUUCCAGACCGGGCCUUCCUCACUCCGUGUCAAGGUCUGAAUCCGGCACUGCGUGGUACUAUUUAUCAGGGCUCGGAUAAUUCCCGUCCGGUGGUCCGGGACAAGUACAUUUUCUUGCUGGGCAAGGUAACGUUGAGGCUUACAUGGUCGUCCCCGGCAAGCAAAAUUUGAGAGCUGCUUGCCCAAAGGACAAGCUGGAAUUGAAGUUUUUUUCGAGCCCUGUUUAUACAUACUAUUCUCAUUAGGCACUCUGUCAAACUAAAGUUUUACUGCAAUUUGGUUUCCUGCAGAAAUUGCCCCACCAGUACAGCAAGAAGGUCGCCAUCACUUGAAUUUGAUUGAGGGUCUCAGAAAAGAGUUUAAGGUUAGUGGUCACUUUGUUUCAAUUCUAGUACUCGCGGGUUUUGUCACUGGUUUCGAUACCAAAUAUGUUUCGCUUAAAAUUUUUAGGAACACAGUUCUACUUUGCCUUCAGUAUAGGCAAAGAGCUAUUCAACGAGAAACGAGAACAGGGGCAUGCUUUGUCUCUUUAAAUCAGGUUGUUCUACUCUCUGUUUCCGACUUGGAAAUGAGCGAUAUAUGUUGUGACUGUUUUUCUGUUGUUCUUGUUAUUGUUACAAAUUUGGCAAAUUUAUGGAUUUACUUGCCCCUUCAUUUACACGUGUUUAGCGCGAAGAACGUGUUAAAGAAACCAUAUAAUUUCUUUACUUGUUACUGUAGACGGGGCUGCUAUUUCUACAUGCCUAUUUGAGCCCUGUGAAGUUGUAGCCGUGGUCAGAUCACGGAGGGUAACUUCGUCCUAAAGACGUAGUCAAAACGAUCAACAAAAUUGAAUAAGAGAUGCAGCAGGCUUAUUGUCUCAAUAAUUUUAUUGUUUGUCUCUUGCAGUUUCUGAGAGCAUUGUGGUUUGCACUGCACGAGCGUGUUUCAUCCCUUGAUGAGCUGGACAUGUGUACGACACGCCUUAGACUCCAGCUGCCAGGCGAACCCUCUACAGAUAACAUUCAUGUUAUUCAUCCUCUUCAGGCAAGUACAGCUGGCCAGUGAAAGCGCUCUUACACUGGUAAAAUAUUUUCGCCGAAAGCAAAUUAGUUUUGUUGAGGUUGUUGCAGUUAUGAGAAUAAACGCCCCUCUCUUUUAAACGUCUCCUGUCUAUUAAAUGCUUCCCGCUUGGACCCCUAAAAUUAAAUAGAUGCCCAGGGCGUUUAUUAGGUCAUUUACGGUAUGUCUAGCAUAUUUUUGUUGCCUUAAUUCGCUUGUAACAUUGCAGGUGGAGCAACAGCGUCUCAAGUUCAUGUCUGAUAGAUUAGUCGCACAAACUGAACUGAGGAAAAAGCUUGGUCAGCUUCUUUAUCUCAACAACUUGGCAAAGGUGAGGAAUAUAUAAAAAAAUGUUUGAUCGCAAUGGGAUUCUAAAAUCGGCUUGUUAAAAGUGAUUUCACGAUUUCUCUAAUUGUGCAUUGUUGCGCUGUGGAAUCGGCUAAAAAAGUUCGCGCCGUUUUCUUAUUCAGACCGAAAUAAGACCAAACCAAUGACCACCUGUCGUAAGUUGGUCGCCCGCGUUUUUCCCCGGCGCUUGUUUCCGGCAGCCUGUAUUUUCUUUGAAUUCUGAUUGGUUCACGUGAUUUUCUAUGUUUUCCGUGAUCGGCUACUCUCGUCUCAGCUGAACAAUGAUCACCAACUGUUACUUGGUCGCACGUGUUUUCCCACACUUCAUAAUUACCUUUUGCAAACCUGUUGCGUGUAUUUGCUUUAAAUUUUGAUUGGUUCACCCGAUUAUCUGUGUUUGCCGUUUGUGUUUUACUCAGCUCCACAAUCAUCUCUAAUCUUGACUCGGUCGCACGUUUUUUUCCCGCGCUCAAUGCCGGCUACAUGUGUUAGCUUUGAAUUCUAAUUGGCUCACUAGAUUAUCUGUGUUUGCCGUGAUUGGCUACACGGCUGAACAAUACCAGAAUACCGAGUCUGGGAAAUUAUGUUGUUGUUGUUGUUUGGAAACUAUCGAUUCUAUAAGACCCUGGUUGGAAGCAAGUGUUCUUACAACCCUGUCAUUCUUGCUUUUCAAGUUUACUUUACCUCAUACAAAGUGUUAAUUUUCUUUUUUUUUUUCAGACGCAGACAUACCACGACGGAAAGAAUCCAGAACUGUGUCCCGUGUGCGUCAAACAACUGGGUGUCCAGGUAAAGACGUCAGUCUGUAGCGAAUCAUAGAAAUUAAAAAGUUAUCUCUGUUUUAUGUGCGGUUGACAUAAAUUGGAGGCAGAAUGAACUGAGAAACAAAAACUGUUAGCAAAGAAGUCAAUUCUUUUACGUGGUAACAAGUGGUGAUUUCCCGCGCUCACAAUGGCGGCAUGUUUGUGCGUCCUUGAAUGCGACUGCAAAUUUUCGCGCGGUUAGCAAAGCUUCCAAGUUUUCCCCCUUGUAGUUUAGUGGCACCUUCAAAUUCCUCGUCCUUGCCAGCACUUGGAGGUUUCCCGCCUUAGGCCGGCAAUUGCCAUUCAUCCACUGAGAAAUGCUUAUUGGGGUCGAUCCAUUCCUUAUGCGUUCUCUCUGGGGGUCUUCUCCCGAGGGGGUAGGGGGCUCAUACAAAGCGUAGAUCUACCUGUAAAACAUAUAUGCAAUUAUAAGUCCCCUGGAUAUAAGCCCCCCCCCCCCCCUCUGAAUUCGAUUUAUUAUGACGUUUUGAAGCUGAGUUACAAACCAGUAAAUACAAAACGUAUUUUGAUCAGCAUGUAUAGCUUGUUUCGAUGCGCCUUUUCUAUUCCAGUUUGUAUUUGCCCCUUGGAUAUAAACCCCUCCUUUUGUAAGCCCUCCUAGGACUUAUAACUGGCAGUUUACGGUAUUCCUUGUAUUCAUAACGGACCCUUGUUCUUUUUUGCAUUUACUGCAUCCUUCUCCUUCAGGAAAAUGGUUAUUGGCUACAAACCAUUUUUGGCCUCUGUCAGCCUUUUGCCGUUAUUCAAUCACCUAAGUAUCAUACAUUCACUUUUUCGUUUGCACCUGGACUUUGAAAUAGAGUUACCGCUCCAGCCAGUGUGUGAGCUCUAUUUCUAUAUCCUAAUUUUGUUUCAGUGGAGCGUAUUCUCUUGUGGCCACUGUAUUUGCUGUCAGUGUGCCUGGGUGCUCUUACGUCAGGCCGGCGUUGGUCCCCGCCACAGGAACGUACACGUCAAGUGCCCUAUGUGCCGCAUACCUACCAUUGCACAAGAAAUCUCCUACGUCAGUACCGCUAGGACGCAAAAGGAAGAGUCCGAGGAGAAUAUUUCAGUCAAGGUAUCAGUUAAGAAUACGUUUACUCUUUUUAAAUAGUGUCCAUUUCUUCGUUCGCUUUUCAGUUACUUGAGCAUAUCACUCGUUUUCUUGCAUUUUACAUUUGAAAUGAGCCCUUAAGUACUUUGCUCUUAGUUGUGUGUGUAUUUUUUUAAGGUUUAACACUUUUGUUUCAGUGUUUUCAAUAUGUGGCUAUUAAUCUCUGUUGACGUUAUUUUCCCCCUUAGGGAAGCCACUCAACUAAAGUUGAAGCUAUUGUCCGUACGUUGUUAGCUAUUAAGUCAGCAGACAACACAGCAAAAUGUCUCGUCUUCUCUACGGUGAGUUUAACUAGUCAAUCGAAGUCAAAAUAGACGUGUCACUGCCGGACGAAAAUCAACCCAAGCCCAACAAGUCCCCACUCAAUCCUCCCACAUUUGUAGCGCAAGCUUAGCGUGCCCAACCUUGAAAAGAACUGCGUAUUCAACGUUAAACAUAACUUUAUGCCCCCUCCUACCCCUAGUCCAGUAGGUGUGACCUGAAAGCAUUCUCCGCUUGCCAUUCGUCCCGCGAUCGUCAAAAUAAGAAGGAAAGAGGGGAGGGGAGGAGGGUAAAGAGUUAAAAAUUAUAUUAUAGUGACACAUUGGUGUUUGAAAUUUUGUUGUGGACAGUAAUUAAGUGCAAGGAAUCCUUCCUUUUUGUCUCAACUGAGCAGUACAUUUUCGUUAAUUUAGGCUGCUCAUUGGGAGCUCAAUCCUUGAAUGAAUUUGACACAGCUUUCCCAAAUCACUUAAACAAAGGGCUAUCAGGGGCGGAUCCUUGAAUUUUUUGAAAAGGGACUGUUGCACUUUGACUUUUUGUUAGAAAGUGGUUAUCGGCCGAGUUGUCGCCAUAAUUGUGGACCAGCUGCCAGCUGAGAAGCAGAGACAACCACCUGUUUCUCAAUGUGUGAUCGCCGGUCGCCGUUGGCGCGGGAAAUACUGCUUUGCUAGCAGAGGCGAACAGAUCACUGGAGGGUACCCAAAAACAAUUACAUUUUUGAAUAUCCUUGGAAUUUAGUUUGGUGGCAAAAUGCAACGCGUUUCUUUACAAAAGUCAGCCAUUUAAAAAGUGAUGUAAAACUUUCAGUCUCAGACAAGCGUCAGAUGUGAUAGCGGGCGUCCGGAUUCCCCGGACCCUCUUCCUGUAUCCGCCACUGGCUAUGAUGCGUUUUAUUUAACUAUCCAUGUUGUGUUUCAUUUCCCUGUAGUGGCAGGAUGUGUUGGUUGUUAUCGCAAAAGCGUUGGAUGAGAAUGGUGUCAAGUAUAGACACAUCACCGGAAGCAAACAUUUCCAAGUAAGUGAUCGAUAAAAAUUAGAGAGUGAAUUUCAUAAAUUGAAAUCAGGCUUUCUUUUUGCAACUGCAUAAGUUGCGUAUUUAACUGUGAUGAUCCUUUCCGCAUUUAUUACAACUAAACAGUGCUUAAUAUGCGCUUUUUUGGCGAUCAACCGAAUCUCUGGAUAUUGCUGUUGUCCAGAAAGUUGGUAAAAUUCGAGGUCAUCGGCUUUUCGGUAUUGUAUGGAUUGAACAAUGCUUCAUUGACAUAAACAUGGAAGGUGUGGUCGUGUUGGUUCGGCAAUAGCCCUCGUUCGAUAUAUUAAAAUUCUAACCCGACUCCGAGGCUUUGGGGACAAACUUGCAAAUUUUUUACGACUCUACUGACUCGCAAUUCCUAGAAGAGACUGGGGCACAAGGAAAACCAAACCAAAUAUAGAAAAAUGACCAGAAAGCCUCGGAGUCAUGCUAGAAUUUUGAUAUAUCGAACAUGGGCUUUUUGAAAUAGGCGCAAAAGAUUGGGUUAGUGUUGUGUCGAAUUGCACUAUGGGACUGUUUUGGUGGGGGGAUAGCUUUUUUUUAUUGGUUCUCACACAGUUCCCACAAUGCAAUUCGACACAGCAACGACCUUUUCUCAUGCAUAAUCUCAAAUUGGUCUGUAAAGAUACCCGGGCAACACUGUACAAAUGGAGAAGUGAAGUGAUGACGUUACAAAAUCGAAAUUUGUGAAAUUAUAUGAUUGGUUGGCAUAAAGAACAGCAUGAAAAAUGUUCACUUGCUAAAAAUCAGCCUGUUGGUGCAAAUCGGUGAGAAGAUAUAAGCACCGUUAUGCUCCGAUGACUCCAUAUAAAUCCUUCUCAAAUAGGCCACGAUCGUUAACGUUAUUAUGCAAGCCAAUUUAAAAGGAUUUUUAUGGAGUAGUCAUCGCAAAUCGUGCUUAUGUCUCCUCGCCAAUUUGCUUUAACAGCCUGCUUUUUGUCAAGGGGGCUUUGUUCUUUUUGAACAUGCUAACCAAUCCCGUAAUUUCACAAGUUUAGAUUUUAUGACUUCAUCAGUUCUCUUUAUUAAAUGAUAACUGGAAAACAUUGUGUUCUGGCAAACUGAGUUACACUGACGGAUAUAAGAGGUUCGAAGUUAAAAACAACAAGGACAAACUAUGGAAAAAAUGAAAAGUUGAACAUAAAUGCUCAUAAAUUCCGCUGAAUUGUUAUCCUUUUCAAUUUUCUUUAAUUUAUCCUAGCCUUUGGUUUUUCAUUUGCCGCGUUAUUCAAAUCUUCCUUCACUGCUUUAAGUGGUGGCCAGUUUGUAAUGAAUGAAUUUUUCUAAUCUGGUUUUCAUUUGUAUCCAUCUUGACAUCUCGUUAAUUCCCAGACAAACCUACAGACGUUCAAGCAAGAUGCUAUGGUUGGUGUACUCCUCUUGCCGCUCCAGACAGGCUCUAAUGGACUGAACAUCAUAGAGGCAACGCAUGUGCUGUUAGUAGAACCCGCUUUAAACCCUGCCCAUGAACUGCAGGCUGUAGGCCGCGUGCAUCGGAUUGGUCAAACCAAGUAAGGCUUAUUGUGUAGAGCGAGAUCUGAUUGAAUAUUGGAAUUCCAAAUCAGGAUAUAUUCACCCUGCCCAAUCAGUAACCGAGAAACCAAGCAGAACUUGAACUACUACGUUGAGUAAAAAAAAUUUCUGUGAGCAGUGCUAGACACAAAAAACAAGUCUGAACAAAUCACAUAUGGAUGUUUCUAUUGAGCGAGAAUGUUUCGCCACUGUGUAACUGCGGUACCAUGACAGUGAUGCAAAAGCAAGCUCAAGAGAAACAAUUUCCCCGAAAGUGCUUCCUCGCAGUCAGCGGAAGACGCAAAUUAUUUCCGAUUUUGAUUGAAACCAUUUACUCCCUUUUCCCGAUCAAGCCAAGCCAAUCCUGCGUUCAGUAAAACCCCUUUAGUGACUUUAUCCCCUAUUUGCAUUUGUUUCGAGUUCCCAUUGUUUUCGCUUUUUUACACAGUGGAUGAUUGAUUGUGUCAACUACUGUUUUCACAGUGAAUUACAAACUGCUUGAGUUCUUAUAAUAGCCGAAUGUUUUGGACCUUUUAUAAUAGGAAUUUUUGGACCUUUUGUGCAAAAUUCAUUAACGUGGGUGACAUCACAGUUUAUUAGGGAGCUUAAGCAACAACGACGGCAGCGGCAGUGAAAACAUCACUAAAAAAUGAAUUUGCGUCCUUUCAAACUUUAUCGCGUCUAUUUGGACCCGCUCAAUUCGUCAAAUGUAGCCGGGCGACUUUUCCUGGAGCUGAAUUCUUGAGGGUUUUAUCUAUAUUCAAAUAGAGAAAGAAAGAUGUGUCGUAGUAUGUCCAUGUCCUCCAUAAAACGUCGCAUUGGGAGGUUUCAUGUCGUAGUCGUGCAGUGUACGUCAAAGAAAUGUACUAUACAGCGUGAUGCACGUGCAGAGCUGUUGUUUUGCUCAUUAAGCCAAUUGUUUUUUGACGUUGUUGUUGUCGUCGUUGUCGUCGUCGCGUAGUUGUUUAAGCUUCCUAUUGACGGCUGAGUUUGUAUGUAUAUCUUUGGAAUUCAUGACAUUUGCCCAAAAUAACUCGACUGCAGAAUUCCCUUGUUUACCUAUUGAAACGCUUCUACUCUCUCCGCAGGCCUACCCAUGUAUAUCGUUUUAUUAUACGUGGAACUGUUGAAUCUCGGAUGUACUCCUUGCUUCAGUCAAAGCCAACUGGCUCAGUGAGGUAACUUGUCCACUUUAUAUUCCUGUUCAUACUCCCCUUUAAAUAUUUAAAAAGAAGACAAAAUAAGCUUUCGAUCGUAUAAAAAAGAAGUAUCAUUACUUCUGAAACUCCGAAAAAGAAGAACUUAGAUCUGCAUUCUGCCGAAACAAAUGUUAGUUGUGCUUGUAGGUGGUAAUAGGUGCAACAAUCUCACCUUGUAACGUAAUCGUGUUGCGUGACAAGUGGGUGUGUCUUAAAUUGUUUGUAUUAAGUCCAUUUAUACUUUGCCUUUAGGGACGGACCAUUAGAAAACUUAUGGGGGGGGCGCGUGACCAAAAAAAUUCGCAUGACCUAAAUUUAAUUUGUAUUUGCAGUCCACCCUAAGAAAUAAUCAUGCCCUUAAAAAAUCUACAAGGAAUUUGAUAACGAAAAAAAAAAAUUCCUGCUACUCACUCCAUAACUGGCAAUGGUCCGUCCCUUAGAAUAUUCCACCACUCCAUGAUUGAAUUUUCCUGGUUAAAUUUUGCAUAUAAUUGGUUAAUUUGUCAUUCUAUACUUCUUUGAUCAUCAAGGCUGAUUUCCACAAGACCUAGGUCCGCAACAAAAAAAGUUCAGCUAUCGCAGCAAUUGUAUAGAACAACUCUUCUACGAUCGUAUACGUAGCCACUGUUUUGACUAAAAUCGCUGAGAUAGACUUGAAUUCUGUAUAUAUUAUUAUAUUGGCCAUUUUCAGGUUGUUCUUGGGACUGGAUCAUGUGCAUGGCAAUGCUCUAUGGGACUGUAUCUCUUCUCUUACUGGCUUUUACAAGGUUGCGUAGGAAACUGGGUCCCAGAACAUUCCCAUAGUGCAAUUCGACACAACACGAACCCAGUUUCUCGCGCAAAUUCCAAAUAUUCAGGUCGCAGUAGCCUGCAGAACAGGCGUUAUUUUUUCGUGUUUUUUUUUUAGGCGAGCGAAGGCAAGCGAAGCGGGCGAGGAGAAAGAGAUAUUCACAGCGGGGGCUUCGUUCGUCCUUCGCCCGAAAAUCGUGAAAAAAAUGACGCCUGUUUUGAGGCUAGGUCGUAGCGACUGAAGCCAUCGUAGUGAUUAUAUCAUAUGGAAAUCAGGCCUAAUGCGUAACGUUUUCUCUAUCAUCAGACCGGGAGCACGUGACAGCGAGAACUCCAACUUAACGCUGGGUGACCUCGCCUCCCUUUUCACCCAAGACGAUGAACAGGACGAGGAGCAGUGCAUGACGGGAUCAUACAACUUCGUAGACCAAAGUGGACCAUCUACGUAGCUACAAUGAAAACACAAGUGCAUACGAAGUUUGGGGCCCUUUUAGGGACUGAUCAAACAACGUGAAAACUGUUAUCGUAACUCAAGUCUUAUGACGUUGUUCAAUCAGUCCCCACCAUAGUCUUUUUGAUAAUCAUUUUAUUUUUACCAAUUUUAAUAAUUGUUCGAUUCCACGUAGAGCAAAAUUGAUUGUAGGGUUUUUGCUUUGGUUUUAAACCGUAACUUUCCUCACAGCGCUUUCUCGAUAAAGUUUGCUUGCAAAAUGUAGGUAUUGUAUUGCCUAGUCCCUAGGCCUCAUUAUUCCGCGCGGCCAAAGCAUUUUGGGUCACGUGGUCCAAGCGAAGAUGUGAGGGCCUUUCCCGCCCGUUCGCCUCUGAUACGUCAUCGUAGCGAAUUGACCGAGAAGGCCUGGGAAAACGCUGUGCAGGGACUAGGCGAGGUAUUGUAAAUGCAUGUUUUUUUAAUUGUUAAGCACAAGGCCAAAUGAUGGCUGGAUGUUGCUAUAGAAAAAAGAACACGGUCUAUUUUAAACCAUUUGAAAGGACAUUGAAUGGAGGUCGGUUAUUGUAAGAUAUAUUAUGUGGCUAAAACAACUACUACGUGGGUUAAGCGUGGCAUCCAGAACGUGCAAAACACCUCCAGUCACACUUUAAUACCAGCAUAAAUGUUGCGUCUUUUUGCUCUCUGUAUAAUAAGAUAAUUAUCCGGGAAUUUUGUUCGAUAGUAGUUGUUUCACCAUUUUAAGAACCAUUGCCAAUAGCAAUAAGAAACCGCCACACAGUUAGCUGGUCUGCUGUGCAAAAGAUCAUAGAUUCAGACCACUUCGAACCACCGACCAAGCUCAAAUCAAGCUGGCUGUGAUUAAGACAAAAAACAAACAGAAGUGUACUAUAAUGAACAAAAUGUGCAGUCAGAAAACUUGAAACUGUAAUUUUUACAUGUUAUUGUGCCCGUACUUAUACACACACUUUGUCAAAAUAAAGACUUUCUAAAGCCAGCGUAUGUCAUUGGUGUGCCUGUCUCAAAAUUUUGGUUAUCUCAACCUCGAAGUUCUUUAGUAUCGAAAAUUCGGGAACUUAAGUAAUAACGACUGCUACGGCUACGAAAACUUCAGUUAAAAAGUGUUCGCGCGGCCUCAAACUUAAUCGCGCGUAUUCCAUCUCGUUCAAUUCGUCAAAUGUUGGCGACUUUUUUGGAGUUGAACUCUAAAGGACUGCAUCAAAGAUCAGAAAAAAAAAAGAGGGUCGUUGUCUUGUGUUCAUGUCUUCCACAAGGGGUGAAAUCACGGCAAAGAAAUGUACAAAAAAGCGUGAUGCACGUGCAAAGUUGUUUUUUUUGCCAAGCUGAAACCUACUGCUUUUUUUGCCGUUCUCGUUGCCGUCGCCGUCGUCGUUGCUUAAGCUCCCUAUUAUCAUAUAACGCCAACGUUUGUGGAGCAGCCGCUGCUUCACGUGUUCACGAGAUAAUCCAGUCAAUAUAGUCGUCAAAGCAUCAAUGGGUUAACUGAAAAUUUUAUUAUUGAAGGGCGAAAGCAAAAUGUUUACGUGAAUCUUGUUUUCAAAACAGUUAAUUUAUGUUUUUAUCCUGAAACUUUUUAAAAUGAUUGCCAUAUUUACGCCGAAAACCGUAAAUGUUAUUGAGAGAAAACAACUAAACCAAAAGAUGAUUACCACACAAAACUGAUUAAAAAAAACGUUUCCUCUUAAUUUACAAAACACAUGGUCUAAGUCACGCGGAGACGCGAAAAACGGUUCGGGACGCAUCAGGGAUAGGAAUAUGAAGCACGCUGGAUUUGGAAAUUUUCUAGCUAUGUUAUAAAAAAGUUAUUUCGUUUUUGCCGUAAAUGCUUCCGAAAAGAUGUUAAAUUUUUUAGCUACGCCCCUGUCGUGGAAUAAAAGGUAAACAAGGGUGCGAUCCUCUCAACUAAACAGUCUAGUGAACUGAGUGGGUUGGUUCGUUUAGGUUACAACCUUUGUUACAACCUGAGGGCUCCUGGUUACAACUGAAAACGUUCGGUUGCCCUUUGGCAUACUAUGCCAAAGUAUGCCAAAGGCUACCGAACGGCUUAGAACGCUGCAUUCCUUUUAACUGCUAUAUUAAAUGCAAUGUCUUUUUAAUAUGAAAAAAACCAUGAAAGUAGGAAGUUCUCAUGACUUUUUUUACCCCAUAAAAGGCGUUUGUCAGCCCUCUUAAGUCCUUUUCCGGACUGAAUAGACAGAUUUUCCUCUCCUUUCAUAUACUUCAACUAGUGAAAUCCGUACGCUAUUAUUUAUCUGAAGUCUGAAAAAGGUACCACUUUCGGGCGGAGCCUCCCCGUAUGGGACAGAGUUCCUCCCCGGUCCCGCGGGGGUGGGGGGGAGGAAUAGCGCAACCGCAACUAUAAGCGUAAGAUGAGGAAGCUUGUGCUUAUACUUGAGUUGAGACCUUCUUCGUGGGAAAUUAAAACGGGUAAAAUUCCUCACUGCAAGUCAGUGCAAAAAACAUUACCUGAUGCUGUUUUCUGUGCAGCACAAGCGUUAGUGAUUGGUGGGUAUAAUUUAGGAUUGAGGAUUGUAAUACCAGGUUUUAUAGCAUGACGGUUUGAUCAAUUCACAUUCGAUUCUACAAAAAACCAGUAAACAAAGGCGACUCUUACUAUCGGCUGUAAAAUGUACCUGCAAUAAGCCAGGGUCACAAAUAACUCCUCUGCGCCCUGUGACAUCAGAGCAAGCUGAGGAAUUCUAGAGGCCAAUUCGUGUGUUUUAUUUGACGUAUACAGUGACCACGCGUGUCCGUUACGUGUUUUACCCAUAAUGCGUUUUCUCUCUUUCAGACAAUCGUGGUCUUUGCGAUAUUUUCUGGCAAGGAGCAAUGUUUGUCCGGAAUUCUUGGCUGUUUUAAGCCUAAAACGUUUUCUUAAUGUUUCAUCAUUGCCGUGUAAUCGUUUGAUAGAGCAAAAGGAAUCAGGAAAUGUCUUUAACUGGGGCAAAUACCACUCCAUUAGGCCGUCUUCACCCCAUAUUAGCGGCGAAGCAACAAGGCUCUUCCAGUCCUGGCGCGAAAAGAGAGGCCGGUAAUUUUGAUUCAGGAGGUUAGUUUUACUUAAGAGACUACCAUGAAUUGUUACAAAUUUAAUUUUAUGUGUGCUGCGGUUAGAAAAGUAGUGUUUAUUGAGAAUCUGGCAUUAGUGAAACGUCUGCCAACUUGAUUACCAUGUUCCGGAAAACACUAGACUUCAUGAUCAGCUUCGAAUUCCACUAAUUGAAUCCGAAAGAUCGCACGUAAAUGUCACCUAAUCAUCGAUAACUCUUUACAUUUGAACGUUAUUUAGGAGUUCAUCAUCUGCUUGGAUGUCAAGUUGAUUAACUUUUUAAUGUUUAUGUCGAGAGAUUACGCACAUGUAUUAUUACUACAACUCGUUAUUGAAUGCCAAAUAACAAUAGUUUACAAAUCAGGAGCAACUUCAGAAUAUGCUGUCAUUCAUUCAGUUUCUUCACUCAGAUUUGAUGUUUUGAAUUAAACUGGUAUACAAGACUUCAGCCGUGUGGUUGUAAAUAUGAAAUUGUCAACAAAGUGAAAUGUUCUGCUAACAAUAGUGCAUGGUCCAUGUUCCAUGAAUUCAGCGUAUUGUUAAAUGACAUUGGAGAGAUGUGAAUGCUGGGACCAGGCAAAUAAUUCUUAAAUUACCAUAACAGAUGAGGAGUAAAGAUGCCCAAUGCCACACUCGCUGAGAUAGUUCACAAACUAUAGUCACAUCCUCAUCUUUUUUAAUCUCCUAGAGAAAAGUAGAUUAUGUGGAAUUCAGAUUGCUGGGAGCUUCAAAAUAUUUAGGGUAAAAAUACACUACUGUUUCAAUGGGGUAAAUCAGUUUGAAAAACUGGGGAUUUGGGAAAUCGGCUAAUCUGAUGCAAUAAUUUACAAAAAUACAUCAUUACAGACUUCAAAAACCAUAACACACAGAGCAGAUAACCCUGGAAUAGGACAAAGAACGAUAAAAUAAAUGUCGUAACAAAUCUCAAUAGCCCUUAUGCGUGUUUAUGUCAGAUGAGCACAUUUCACCUCCAAGCUUUGUUUUGAAAUUGUAAAGUUAUGAAGUUUUGCAUGAAUGAAUUCCCAAGGCAUUACGGUUGAAAAGAAUACCCACGCACAAAGAGUGCAAAUGCAAAGAGUUUUGCCUACAAAUGAGGGAUGGUGGUGAAAUUGGCAUUGGUGCAGGGCAAUUAUGUGGAGAGGUCUGGAUAUGUCUUUGGCAAUAGGGAUAUUAAGAUUUGAUAAGGAGUAUGAGAUUAAGUGCGAGUACAAGUUUUCAAACCCACUUUAUGUGCUUUAGAAAAUCUAGCCUGUGAACCGCAGACGUUUCUCCUCGCUCGUCGCCGCUGACGAACGUUUCGCAAGGAGGAACGUCUACAACUCAGCGACAGAAAUUCCAUACUGAUGACGUAAAUCAAUGUUUACCUAAUAAUCUGGUAGUCGUGAGGUUUCAAAUGUAAAUUUGUUCAAUUUUACAUUUCUCCUUGUCGAUUUUGGUAAGUGAUCAUCUGCGAAUGAGCUCCACCUAAACUCAAAUGCUUCUUCAAGAGAAGACUAUAUUCCACAAAUAUUGGCUGUUUUGUCAGAGAUUCAUCGCGUUUACAUUUGACCUUUGUGGCCUGUUGUCUUUUGUCUGUCAUUCGUAAACAAUGGCUAAAACAAUGAAAUUAUUCCGUCAACCAAUUAACGUUUCUGACUGGAUUCCGGACAGAUUUUGCGUCAUCAGUAUGGAAUUUCUGUCGAUGAGUCGCAGACGUUCCUCCUGGCUAAACGUCCCUCUCCGGCGAUGAGCGAGGAGAAACGUCUGCCGCUCGCAGGCUAUAGAAAAUCGAGUCUCACAACAAUCUCACCCCUCAUGUCUCUUUAUGCACUGUUUAGCAGCAGCAAAGGGAGAACUUUCUGAGGUCAUAACUGUGACGAGCCCAAGUGUAAAUGGCUCUUUGUUCUGAAGAUUAGUAUUACAUAAUGUGGCAAUGACAUGUAAAUAUUUAAGUACUGUAGGCUAUAGGUAAGGAUUCUUGAUUUAUUAAAGUGAGCAUAUUUCCCUCAUAGCGGUCUCCUUCAAGUGUUUCAAUAACUCCCUUGAGAUUCCAAAGUUGUACUUGAACUCAACCUUGUAAGUCCGAAUAGAGAGGUUGCUAAUGUCAACUGACCUCAAGGAAUUAUAAAGUAAAAUUUAUUAUAAGAAAAUGUUAACUUUGUAAAGUUCAAAUCCAUUGGAGCUGUUAUGUAGCAAAUAAGAACACCCAUAAUAGUUGUAUGUAUUUUUAGUCUUUUGUUUUUAAUUCAGCUGUGUGUAUAACUCCACUUACAUGUAUAUGUUGUUGAUAUUACUCAACAUUAGGUGGGUCUUAAUUUGAAUUUUUGUUGCUUGUACAUUUUGAUCACUAUUGCAUUACAUUUGUAAAAAUAUUUGGUGUUUAAAAUGAUUGCAGUAGGACUGUAAAUCAUUACAAAACUUUAAAAGUUUUUUGUAAAGACUUACAGCUCUGUUGUACUCAUGAUGUCUUCAGAUGGUACCCAGUAGAUUGAAAACUAAUAGAAACUUUUAACCAAGCAUUAAGUAGUAUUUAGAUAGUGUGUAGAAGUAUUUGGUAUUUAGUUAUUAUCUCUAUAGGAAGAGCUGCAGCAAUACAUAAAUUCCAUGAUACACUACAGGUCGUGGUACAAGGGCUAUAAUAUCAUAUUAGGAUACAUAACUGUAAUCUUUCCUUAUAAAUUGUGAAUAUCUUAUUAUCCACUCCACUCAGGGCUUUUCAGGGUUAUUGCGGGCAACAGGAGGAGCCCACAAUACUAAUCUCCAGGUUGUUAUUAUGCAUGCGUUGCAUGUAUGUAGCCAGCAUUCAUCUGGACUUCCACUAAGAAUGAAUGUAAUGCACAGAACGCAAUUUGAUCACACACGUUUGGACCUUCUACCUCUCGUUAUCUGAUCACGCGUGGUUUGACUAUCUGUCACGAGAAACUUACGCAAAAUACAGCAAUGGAGCAAAAGGAUUUGGAUUUCCGAUCGUUGUCGCCGGCACUCCCUAACCUUUUUUUUAUUACUAGUUUUACAACUCUGGUUGGGGUAAUUUCACCAGAUUGCUUGCGGCACAGUUUACCUAUGAUACUUAUUAAAAGUAGUGAGAGGUGAGGUGUUUUCUUUUUUCUUUUCUGUUUAAGGAUCAGAACGGAAGAAAAAGAAGAAAAGUCGAUGGGGUACAGAGGAAAAGAGGACAUUUAUACCUGGUAUGCCUACCACCAUGCCGCCAAACCUUUCUCCAGAACAACAGCAAGCUUACAUAGGUAAGGAAGUCAUGCUGAAAACUCCAAGCUUUAUUUUAUUGUUUCUGAGUUGCCUUUUUAGUGUAUGAAUGGCAAUCAAAUCAUGAAAAUAAGUUGGCAAACCACUGUGUAAAGAGAGUUAGUCUUACAGCUUGCUUUUUGGGCGUUGCACAUUUUGAGCAAUAUUCUUGGUGUUUACAUUCCUCAUAGUUUGACUGUAUUUUUAUGAGAGACAAUCUGUAUUCCUCAUAAAACAGGGGUAAAACUCUUUCACUUUAGUUUUACAUGUAAUUUCCCCAGCAAUAAUUUACUGUUAAGGGCAAGUGUGUGUUUUCAAUUUAAUGUAUUUAAAAUGUUUCUCAGCUCAACUGAAGAUUGAAGAAAUCAGUAGAAUGCUGCGGACAGGAGAGUUAGGAAUACCAGACAAUCCAGAUGAAAGGUUUGUGAACCUCUUGUCAUUCUUAACUUCCAAGUAAUGAAACUAUUUGAAAUGUUUUGACAAUGAGAUUCCAUUUUAACACUUUAAAUCUGGAGAGUGAUCAACAUGAAAAUUCUCCCAACAAUAUCAACACUUAAUCAAGAGAAAAGGGUAUGAGAAUUUACAAAGUGAUCAUCUGAAGGAAAAUGCUUUGAUCUUCUAUCAAAUUCCCUCAGGAACUCCUUAAAGAAAUGUGUGGAGGUCAGCACAGAGAAUUUGUAUGUGGAUAUUUGAGCUGAAGGGUUAAGUGGGAUGCACCAAACAAUAUGAAGCCAGUAGGGUUGGCAGGGCAUGGGGUGGGGAAUUGACACUUCAAAAAUUUGCUAUCAAAUUUCCUGCUACAGGCAAAUCAUUCCAGUCAAAUGUACAACAAUUUCCCCCACUUCAGGAUUGUAAAUUACUGUGAAAUAUCCCAAGGUUGAACACCAGAAGGAUGCAAGAAAAUUAUCUCAAAAUGGAACAUCAUAAUCCUUGUGUCUUCUUGUUACUACAUCACUUAGAUGCACGUUUUGGGAGAGGGUUAGUACAAUGUAAUAUUGGAUUACAACUAAGCAAAAUAGUUUCAUAACAUAUAGUUUUUUUCCUUUGCAAAUCAGAUCCCCUUCUCCAGAACCAAUUUACAAUUCAGAAGGUAAAAGAUUGAACACUCGUGAGUUCAGAGUCAGAAAGAAAUUGGAGGAAGAGCGACACGUCCUUAUACAAGAGGCUCUGAGUUUAAAUGAAGAUUACAAACCUCCUUCUGAUUACAAGUAAGUCAGCAUGUUAGUGUUGAGUAACCUACAAGCCCUAGGGUUUCAAAUCCCAUGGAAAACAAUUUUUCGGUUCUGUGCCUAGAGAUCAUGGAAAACCAUCUGUAACAAUUUUUUGAUUCCAUGAAAAUUCAUGGGAACCCCUAUCCUAGAUGUUUUCAAUUUUUCAAAGUCAUAUUUUUGUCUUGGGACAAGAAGCCAUAAACAAGUAACGUGUGAUGCACUUUGGGAACCAUUCAAGAUGGCGGACAAUAGAAAACUUAAAGACGCCAAACAACAUUUUACUUUCAUGUGUAAGCAGAAUUGCUCUGGUACAUGAAGUUAAUAAUCUGAGUAUUUCUAAGAAACCGCUGUAGAGGGAAUAUCAUUGUGAACAUAACAUUGUAAGAAAAAUGGUAUAGUUUCCCCCAUAUCCUAGGAUUUCAUUAAAAAUUAAGACAUAUGAACAAAAUAUUUUUCCACUUCUUUUCUAUUUUAGCAAAAAGUGAGGUGAAGUGUUAACUGCUAGCCCUUUUAUUUCAUAAUAGCAAAAGUGAAAACUAGUUGCAAAUUUGUGACUCCUCUCGAUGUUCCAGUGGCAAAUGGAAAAAAUUAAUAGGUUGCAAUUUCGAACCCUGUAAAAUAGAGCCAAAAGAACUUCCUAGCUCCUCAAUUCCCUGCCUACUUAAUGCAUAUACCCAGAAACUGGAAAUCUUAGUGAUAGCCCUGAGUUGAGUAACAUCUAGUCCAGAGGGGAGUUGUAAUAACCUUGGUAUAAUGUGCUUUGUACUACUGAGACUAGAAUAUGGGUCUCAUUGCAUGGUUUACUUAUUGCCCCUAAGGUAGAUGUUGACCCACGUUUGACCUUUAGUUUGAUUCCUAUGGAAUAUCUUCAUGCAAUUUGUAAAAUGUUAUUGAACAAAAUUACAAUAUUAUUGUGUUCUCUUUGACAGGCCACCUCUUAUUAAAAUUCAGGAUAAAGUGAUGAUUCCUCAGGAUAAUCACCCUGAAGUGAACUUUAUUGGACUGCUGAUUGGCCCACGGUGAGCUCUAUUUGUAUUGUUAUUGUUGUUGUUUUUGUGGUAGGCAUUUUCGGUCACGCCCCCCCCCCCCACACACACACACAAUUUGCCUUAGGUAAAAGCCAUUCAGAGAUUGAAAGUUAGUUCAAAGAAUUACUCUACUACAUGAAGUUAAGAAUCUCAGUGGAAAAAUUGUGAAUUUCUGAAAAUUGAUCCCCAAAGCUGAAAAUAUCACUGGGAAACUAUUUUUCCAUUCCGUUAUUGUAAGACCACAGUAACAACACAUGUGCAGUAUUGGAAACAAUAUUAUUGUUAUCAUGAAAUCCUAGGGCUUGUUUAUGUAUUCAUUCUUUUAUUGAUAUAUCUUUUGUUGUUUUAUUUAUAGUGGCAAUACAUUAAAGAAAAUGGAAAAAGAGGUACAAUGUGAUCUACAUUGGCUUUAUAAUAUGAUAUUAAUUGUUGUAGAUAAAGAUUAAACAUAUUGAAACCCGUCUUUGAUCAUUGCUUUCAGUAUUCAUUUGUUUGCACUGAUUAAUUUUGUUUCUAGUUCUUAUACAAUAUUUUUGUUUUUAAACCUUCGGAAUUUUCAGAGUGCCGCUUCACGACCGAUCACUUCAACGCUGAUUUCCCCACUACGCAAGAAAAUACCACGCUAUUCGAGAGAAUUGCUAAAAUCAUGAUCAGAGGAAAAGGAUCUAUAAAAGAGGAAAAAUAAUAACUUUAUUUUCGUUCCAUCGUUCCACAAUGAAGAGAACUGUUGUCUUUCUUUGAUUAAAGAGAACCUUUUAAAAGUUUUUCAUUGAUUAACUUGUUUAAAAUGUCACUUACACAACAUUAAAUUUCAAGUUUAUUCCAUCUUUUUUAGAUUUUUGGACAAAAUCAAAACUAUAGUUUGACUAUAAAUUGUUGUAAAUUAAUGACGAUUCAUUUGUGACUGAUUAAUUUUGUUUCUAAACCUCAACUAAAAAAUCAUGAUCAGAGGGAAAGGAUCUAUAAAAGAGGGAAAAAUACAUAACGUAUGGCUCUUAAGUACAGUUUUAUCCUAUUCACUUCCAGGUCCAUCGUAUGGACAAAAAUAAAACUAUAGUUUGACUAUAAGUACAAUCGAACCUCAACUAAACAGCCACCUCUCUACAAGGGCCACUUCUCUACAACGGCCACCCUUUUACAAUGGCCACCUCGCCGUAACAGCCACCUCUCCACAAUGGCCACCUAUCCACUCCACUUCACUUCACUUCUCUACAACGGUCACCUCCCCACAACGGCCACCUCUUUACAAUGGCCACCUCUUUACAACAGCUACUUUUUUGCGGACAGUCCAUAGAUUGACUCUUGUUUAAACCUCUUUACAAUGGCCAGUUUCUUCUGUACCUAAGGUGGCCGCUGUGGAGCGGUUCAGCUGUAAAACUCAGUUUAAAGCUAAACAGUUUUUGGAUCCCUUACGUACCCUGUAGACUGGUAACUCUUUGAUUUGUAUUCUGACUUAAAGUGACUCUAUCAUACCAAUUUGACUUUUUGGCCAAAUCAUUUCUGGCAUUACUAAUAUGUGUGGGGCUUCAAUUUCACCCAAUAUUUUCUUCAAGCUUACAAAAAAUACAGAAUGUGAACUUGCAGAGCACCAACAAACCAUGCUUAUUUUAACUCUUUAAACCCUAAGAUCAGAAUUUUAAUUCUCAUUUUGUUGCCCCUAUUCAUUUCCUACGGAAGUAGUGGGGAGAAGUUGAUAAAAUAUCAAUCAAAUUUAUCUUGUGUGAUGAUGUCUGUAAUUCUCAUGACCACUCUGUUUUACAAAGCAUUGAUAUUACAAGGAGAAAUUUGAUGCUGAUCACUCUUAGGGCUUAAAGGGUUAAAUCAGUAAUGUCCACAACAAGGAACAACUUGAAAAGAUAAGUCUACUGUACUUGACAAUGAUUUUUUUACCACUUAUUAUGUUUUUUAACAGGGAGGAAAGGGUGGACAAAUCAAUUCUGGGGAAGAUGAACCUCUGCAUGCUCUGGUUACUGGGCCAACAAAUGAAUCAGUUCAGAAGGCUGUAGCUAUGGUAGGUUUGUUUGACCUAAUUUUAAAGAGAAGACUAAACAACCAAAUCUGACCUUGCUUAUAUGUUCUAUCACUGAUAUUAUCUAAGAUUUCAUUCCUCUCUUUACCGCUGGCGAUUAUUUCAACAUGACGGUGUCCAACAAGAAAGCUCUUGCUACUUUGGACACUGUACACAAAUGAACUUAAUGUCUUUUAGUUAAUUGUUAUUUGUCAGCUACUUUAUUUUCCUACCUAUGUACGCUUAUGUAGAUAUCUUAUAUAGUGUGAAAUAAAGCAUUGAAUUGAAUUGAAUUGAAUUGUGGCGACCUCCUUCUAUUGUGGUUGUUUUAUGUUUUCGCUGUCAGGGAUGUAGCUAAGGAAAGGCUAAGCAGGCUUCUUUUAUUAGUCAAGCUGGCUUUUUCACUUAACUGCACCUGUAAAAUUUCCCCAUUUUUUUUGUUUUCCAGAGCAAUAUGAGCUGGUGGUAAUUAAGGUCUUUUUCAGCGGGUGAAAUUAGCCGGGAGCCGGCCAUAAGGGACAUACCUGAUCUCCAGUGGAAGUUCUCGUAAGCAGACACCCUAAGGAGGUGAAAAAGGUGUUCGUUACUGGAGCUGGCCGCUUAUGAGAAUGAAAAAAUACAGAGUUUGUAUGGGAGUUGAGUAAAACAGGGUUUUGUGAAGGCGGCCGAAAGAAGAGCUGUCGGCUUACGAGAGUGUCCGUUAGGAGAACUUCCACUGUAUGCAGUUUUUUAUUCAUCUUUGAUGUCAAACCUUUAAUCAUGUCAAAAUAUUUGGAACACUUUCACAUUUCCAUUUUCUUUGAAUACAGUCUGUACCUAUCCUUUUAAAAUUAUUGAAAAGAGGGUGUUUUUGGGAGUGACUGUUCCAAGAUUAUUGUCUAGGAUUGUAGUUCAAAUAGCUUCUUCUUUCUUACAGAUUCGUGAUAUACUGCGACAAGGUAUUGAGGCCCCUGAAGGUCAGAAUGACUUGAAAAGAAUGCAACUUCGAGAAUUAGCUGCACUGAAUGGCACUCUUCGAGAUGAUGAAAUUCUCAGGUGAAAAAAAAGUUCACUAGCUGUGUGUCUGUCUCAGAUAUUAUAAUCAGUGUUCCAAUGAAUCUGUUCUUGAAUGUUUCUAAAAAACGUUUACUCUAAUAGUUGCUCUAACCUUCUUUUUGUUAUAGAUGUCGGAACUGUGGAUCAGUAGAACAUCGUCAUUGGGAGUGUCCUGAACAGAAAAAUGUGACUAACAAUGUUUUGUGCACAAAGUGCGGUGCUGCGGGCCAUCUGGCUACAGACUGCAUACAGACAGGGUGAGUCAUACAUGUAGUGUAAUGGUAGGGAUGUACACUUGUGGGAACUCAUUGACUUGUUAUUUACACCCACAUUUUCGUCUAGCAGAGUCUGAUUUCUCUCCCACUUCCCAUUCUUUUCAUGCCCAUCUUUACAAUGCCGCUGUAGCCUGCACCACUAAUGAAACUAAAUUUUUUUGUUAAUUCCGUCUGCGAAACAGUGCUGAAAUCCUUGUUCCUCCCCCCACCUGUCUUCCAGGAUUUGAUUAUGCGCCAUGAAUGGCCUGUUGGUCAAAAAAGCCAUUGUCGAUUUUCCAGUCAAAUUGAGUGGAAAUUUGAAAUGCGUUUCUAGUAGUUUGUUGAGUCUGUUGGGGACCCAGAACAUUGGCGCUGCCACACGUUAUACAGACGUUACUAACUAGGGAUAGAUAACGUCUGUGAAGCAGGCUAUGUUGAUGUUGUUGUUGGUUUUUUCUGUGGGCCAGAGGUCUGUCACUGAAAUAAUACAACAUUUCAUAGGGGGAAAGAGAGUAUUUUAGCAAAUUGUAGUGAGUUUUAAAAGCCAGUGUUAAAAUUUCCUUGGGAACAGCUUCACAUAUAAUACAUGUAUAAUGCUCACUGUUUUAGCUUACAUUUUUUUAGCUGUCAUUUACAUUAGAAUUUCCUAUCUUCCUAUUUCUCCUUUUCUGAAAACAAUUCUUACAAGUUAAAUUAAUGAUUUAUAUUUUACUUUUUCUUACAGCCUUCCUCCAAUCCCUGAUGUUCCUGUGGACAAAGCAAAAAUGGACAGUGAGGUAUUAUAGAAAUAUUUAAUGAUUUUUGUUGAACACCAUGUGGCAAGAUUUACAUGUCUCUUGGAGGUGUCUGUGUAAGGAGUUUAAGCAACCAAGAUGGCAGCGGCAGCAAAAAUGUCACUUGGAAAGUGAGUUCGCCCUGUUCCAAAAUAUAUUAGUCAUGUUCCAUUUCAUAUAGUUUAUUUAAUGUUGAGGAAUUCUUCUGGAGUUGAUUAUAAAGCACUGUAUCUAAGUUCAGAAAAAGGAAAAGAAAAUCGUUGUCUUCUGUCCACAUUCUCCAUAAAAUGUGAAACUAGGAAGUUUCACAUCAUAGUCGUGCAACGACAGAAAAGAAAAUAUGUACAAAAAAGGAUGAUGCAUGUGCAAUUUAGUUGUUUUGCUUAUUUAAACCUAUCGCAUUCUUGAUGCAUGUGCAAAAUGAUUCAUAUGAUUUUUGUAGGAUAUGCAUUUAAACCAUCAUUGCUUUUUUUCACUUGUAAUAAUAAGUUUUGGACCAUUACUCAUCAAGUCCUCUAGUUGUCUCUUUUGCCUUUUGUUUCCUUUUUAGUCCUGUCACAUCCUGCAGCUUUCUUGUUGAUGGUCUUAAAAAUGUAAAUUUUGCUAAAAAGCCACUUUGGUUGGGUGAAUUCACCAUGUGUUUUUGUAUAUGGCACUGGUUAGGUCAUGACAGUGCCACAAUAUCCAAAAUGAUAAUCAAAGAACAGUAAGAUAAAAUAGUGAUCCUAUUCUAUAUGGUAUACAAAGAUUGCUAAUUUUCCUUGCUAAUGAAAAGACCUUUUGUAUCCCUUGCAGUACUUAUCACUUAUGGCAGAACUUGGGGAGGGCCCACCACCAGAACCAAAGAUGAACCAAACAGUACCGCCACCCAUGAUGAGUAGUCAAGACCGACCCCCACCCCGACAUCCUCCCAGUUCUCUCCCUCCUCCACCCAUUCAGGUUUGUAAAUUAUCAACUAUUCUCUUUUCUAUUUCAUACAUGGACUCAAAAGUUUAAAUGUAGAGCUGUAUACCAGUAAACCCCUUUUGAAAGUGUGUACCGCUAUUGAGAUUUUAUUUAGAUGAGUUUUUACAGCACAGCAUUUCAUUUCAUUUUUUCAUAAAUGACACUAGGGGUGCGUUUCACUGGGAUGAUCUGGAUCAGAAUCAGUGAUCCAAGAUCACUUGAAUCUUGUUGCAUCAAACGAUGAAUCCACUCUGGACAAGGAUUCAUCAGUUCAUUUGAUGUGCCAUGAUCUGAGUGAUCUCGGAUCACAUUCGCUGAUCCUGAUCUGAAUCAUCCCAUAGGAAAUGCACCCUAAGAUUCAAAGAAUUAAAGAAGACUAGAGAAAAUAUUGGGCUUACUUUCCUACAGUGUCUGUUUGUGUGUCGUAAUAACCCACUAUGCUCAUUUUUAUUUGGUUUCUAAUCAUCUCACAUAAAAUAAUAAUUAUUUUACUUUCUUGUUGCAUGAAAGAACACAAAUCAUGAUCGGCCGCCGCCACCUCCAGGUCCAGCCCCAUCCUCUGGUCCUCCCCCCUGGGCAGCCCCGCCUGGACCCAAGCCUCUGAUGAGCACACCUGUACCCAUCCCUGGGGGAGGGCCUCCUCCCCCACCCCCUAAUAACUCAUCUGCACCACCAUGGGCAAAACAAGGACUGCUGCCUCCUCCAGGGGGACCAAUGAUGGGUAAGAUUUUGUUUUUGUCUUUGUCUUUUUGCUGUUUUCAAACUAUUGCUGGCAGACACAUCCUCCCAAAGUACAAAGAUUUGGUUUUAUCAACUGAAUUGAUAAGGCAGGUUGGCCACCCUAGGGAGAUAGGGAAGCUGAGGGUUGGAGUGCUAGUCCUUGGCCAACACAGUGAUCUAGUGGUCUCAGACCAUCACAAAGCAAUUCUGAUGUAACCUGCUUAUGGAUGUGAACUGAACUGAUAAAAAAUUUUGGUGAUAUUUUCCUGAAGCCAAAAACCUGCACAGUUAUCUGUUGGAAUUGUUGCUGGAAAUUAUUACAGCUGUUUUGGAUAACACGUGACCUGAGAUGUCAAAAACAUCUUGGGAUUUUGGGUUUUCUGCAACGUCAAUCAAAAUCUGAGGACAUGGCGCUUUCUAGUGGACCUCUUAGGAAACAGAAAGUUACUUCAACAGGUUUAAAAGGUCAUGGUUUGUGAUUUGUGAUUGGUUGAUUUCGAUCUGUUUUGUGUGUUUGUUGCUUUUGAAUUUCAGAGUUUUUGAAAAGCGCAGUAAGUUUUCCUGCUCUCUGCCUUGUCGAUCAGGGAGAUUUGUACUUUGAUGUUCUGUUGUGUGAUGUAAACUUUUCAUGUUUUAGCUCUCGAGUUUUUUUGCCUUCUUACUGAAGUUUAGAUUCCCAAGGUGAAAUUGUUCCUUUAGAAGAAACACAGUGAAAACGAAUCGGUACAUUUCCGCCAACAUUUGAUUUUGUAGCUUCUGCUCGUUAUUUCACCGUUAUUUGACAAACAAGGAUUGGUUGCUGUGGUAGCAGUUUGAUUGACAUGGAAGAAAAACCCAAAAUCCUGAAACAUUUUUGACAACGCUGGUCGCAUGUAAUCCGAAACAUCGUUUAAAGCCAGACACUUUUAUGCAAAUUGCCACUUUAGUGUCUGUGUGGUAAAAGAUGGAUUAAAUGUAAUAAUGCUCUUUACGAAAGGAGGGGUUGGUUAUGUGAUUUACGAUCUUUUCAUCUGUUCAUUUAAAGGUAUGCCUCCUCAUCAUCAGCCUGGUGGUCCUCCACCCCCACCCCCUCCAGGUGGUCCUGGACCAUACCCUCCCCAGGUGUCUGGAGGACAUGGACCACCACCCCCACCCCCCCCCCCACCGUCUUCAGCUGCCCCUCCACCCCCACCAUGGCAAGGUGAGUAAUGAAGUUUGUCCCAAAAAUCUCCAAUGAGAUUCUUGCCUCUUGCUGUGUUUUUUUUUUUAGCUUAAAAGCCCCCCUCUCUAAGGAGCCCCUUUCUUCUCAGCCACCCUCCCCUCCUCCCUUAUUAUUGUUCAUUAGUAAAUGAUAGACUGUAUCAUGACUGCAAUACUUCAUGUAGACUGGUCUUGUGUGGUUUAUUCACAUGAUGGAAUUUCAGAUUUGUUUUUCAUUUUUCAUGACCUCCAACGUUUUGCACUUGAGCUUUCCCACUUUGCCUUCUAGUCCCUUAUGGAGAACUGAUACCAUCAGAGGGUUUUCACUAAGAAUUCUAGUAGCGGGAGAAAGGUGUAUUGUCACAGGAGAAUAUUUUGAAAGAGGCUCCAUGUCUGAAUAAAAGAUAGUCAUAGGCUAUUGAACAUUUGCCGGAGAAUUCUCCGAUCUCUGAUGCCUAAUGAACACUCUGUUAUCAUCUUUGCUAAAUUAAAUAAGCGCUCAUCUCUAUUAAGUCCCCUCUUAAAGAUGCUUGGAAUAAAUAAGCCCCCUGUAGGGGCUUAAUGAAUGAAUUAGGGUAUGCAUAAAAGCAAACAAACAGAAAAGAUUUUGAAUGAGGAUUUAUCUUUGUACAUGACUUGUUUUGUAGCUGGUCCUGCUCCACUCCCUCCGUGGCAAAGCCAGGCACCAGGAUAUGGCGCACCCCCUCCCCCAGGAUACCCUCCAUUCCAUGGCCCACCCCUGCCACCGCCUUCAGAUAACCAUUGGGUAAGUCAAUCUCUUAGCUCUGACCUGCUCUUUUCUUUAUUGGUUUUCUUUAUUGGUUAGUUGUAAGUCUCAGAAAUGUUGUUGGUACGUGUACAUCCAUAACCUCCACAACAAUAAGUUAUAGCAAAAUGCUUAUAUUGUAAAUUCAGCAUCCUGAUUGACUGACAUAUUUGAUACCUAUAUAUAUCAGCACAUUGCUAUACAGUCGAGAAAAAUCAGGUAUUGCAUCUGUCUGAUAAGAAUCACCAAAAAGUGCUCCUGUAUUAUUUUUACAACAGAAUAUUGGCAAUGUUUUAUGAAAACAAUCACCUUAAAACUCUCGCUCUCAACUUCACCCUCGAAAUGUUAAGUUUGCCUUCAAAUUGUUGAUUAAACCCAUUGCCAAUAGUAAGGUGUGGGAAGGGUGCUUGGUCAAACUGAGGGAGGCUUAAGGGAGUGCAAAAAGUAACCAUGACAACCCUGUGAGCAGCAACGACCAGGCACUAUCACUGUUCUUACCAGACCAUGGCAUUGCGACAUUGCCGGACUUUUUUGGGAAAUUCCACACUGUAAUUAGAUCAAGGGGUCCCAAGGGUGGAUAGAAGGGAGAACAAACUAUUACCUUCCACAUAUGUCAACCUAUGUACACCUACGUACAUUUCUUUAUUAUAUAAGCCAAAAUUUAAUUGGUUAUGGCAUCUUUAGAAAGCACCCAUCAUUAUUCAAGAAAGUACGAGGUAUUUACUCUAACUCAGACCUGUGAAAUUUUAAUGGAUAAUAAUCUUUUAUUAGGAAACUUUCAUUGCAUUACUGUGGUUUACAGAUAUGUCCUAACUAAGAUUAAAAAGUACUAUAAAAUUAGGUUAUAUGCAGUGAAAAUGUUGAGUUAGCUGUGUCUAAAAAUUGUGACCGGCUUUUCUCCCUUAUGGCCCCCUUUUAGCUUCUCUAUGGGUUCUGUGGACCCCAUUGUUAGUGUACAAAAUCCCGGUAAGAACACUGCUGUCACACUGAGAACUUCAGUGGAGAGUAUCGCAGAUACCUACCAACAGAUAUCCCGAGCGAAGGGAGGGCUGGGAGCACUAAUGGCUAAAGUGGCUGCACUAAUCCAAUGACAACUACAAUUUUGAAUCAAGUGUUGUUCUGAGUUUUCAAGUCUUCAACCGAAUAAUGGGAUUCUGAAACCAACAGAAGUUUUUACCGAUACAGCGGCCAUAUUGAGUUAAUUAGAUUUAAGGAGUAUUAUUGGGUGCCCAGAGGGCAUGAGCACGAUCUGAUAUACUGGCCCAGUAUUUAGGCGCCCCUUCUGGCCAAUUUUUCUUUAAGCCUUCCUAGAAAAAGAUUGUAAUGAGAAAAAAAAAAUUGUUGUGCCUUGUUUGGAUGUAAUAUUGAUCACCUUUUUCCCAAGUGCCCCCCUGGGCAUCCCAUAAUACUCCUUUAAUCUAAUAAAUGCAAUAUGGCCCCUGUAUCGGAAAAAAAGGUCCUUUAUGAACUAAACAUUGAAGUAAUCAAGUUCAAAGUUUAUUCUUCCCAGGGACACUUAACUGUGUUUCACUGUAAAUUAGCCUGUGUAGCAGGCGCUUGGAAGUAGUGGGCACAAGAAAGAACGGGCGUGCGAGAGGGAGACACGUCCGUUCUUUCUUGCACCCACUACUUCCAAACGCCUGCUAUGCAGGUUAAGUGUAAAUUAGCCAGUUUAUUUAUCCAUACAACAACUCUUUUUAGUAAUAUGUGCCAAUUUUUUUAUAUAUUCCAGGGUCCACCUCCCCUUAUGGGUGCACCGCCUCCUCCUCCGCCCCCUCCCCCACCCGGUCCACCGCCACCUCCAUCAUCCUGAAGAAAGGAUCAGGUCUAACAAUCUCCAACAUACACAACAUAACAGCAACAGGAACCUAUGGACCAAGGACUUCAUUGACAAGGCUUUAUCAAUAAGAUCACUAUUAUUAUUUUAACCUGUUUAUCAUGAAGAUUAUAAUUUUUUGUGAGGUUAUCAUCCUUUCCUUUCAAGCAAUUCUUGGGUAAAUGUUCUUGUGCAUGAUCAUUGGCUUUGUUGAAGUAGCCGCACCUUUGGAGUUGCUCACUAAGCGUUCUUAUACAUGUACAACUCUCGUUCCAGCUAAGUUACCAGAAUGAAUAUUUUUUGUUUUAGCUAUGAUUACAUUAGUAGAGUAAGUUAUGAAAGUAGAGAGCUUAAAACAACUCUUACAAGUUAGCCUGGAAGCAAGCUGGCAGGGUACUUAGAAGGAUAAGAUGUUUACACCAACCCUGUUUGUGUAUACAGCUUCCUUUUACUUUAAAGUGGCCAUUACUAUUUAGAAAAACCAGAAUGUUUUAACCUAAACUAACAUGUUCUAGCCAAUACUUUUUAGAUUUCAGAAUAGUAGUGGCUCCUUGUCUAUAAGCACCCAAAUAUAAAUAAGUGCAAGAUCUUAACUUGGUUAGCAUAUGAAAUGCUAAAGUUGAUGCUAUGCCUUCCUUAGAUAAAAAAAGCUGAAGCCUCAAUGAGACGAAACAGUGUAACUCAGUCAGAUCUAUAAUAUAAUAUUGGCCAAAUAAAUUUUUCAGUUGUUGGCUUCCAUCUGGCCUUGAUAUUGUGUCAACAUGAUGCUAUCAUGCUUCCUUGAAGGUAGGCAAUAAGUAACCUGGAUUUCCUGUUUCCCUUGCCAGGUUUCUGAAGAAACUUGCAAAUAGCUUUCCUGAUAUUUUGCCGUUGUCUCUUUAUGCUCCCUUUUUGGCAAAUAUUGAACUAUCAGACUUUUGUAAUUUACGUGUUUUCGUGGAAGUAUUGGAAUUUCGCAAAAAGUGUGGUGGAAUUGUCAAGGCUUGCCUACUGUUGCCUGCUGUGUUGAAUAAAAUAUUACUGUUAUAAGUGCAGUCUACUUAGGUUAUCCGGGUGCUGAGGUAGCGUGGAGCUAGGUGAAGAAAGUAGUCUGUAACAAAUUGCUUUUAAAGCUUCUUUAUGAAAGCGAGGUAUGUUGUACAGUAAUCCUUAUGAAAAUGAGUUGAGUUAAAUUGGCUGGCAAAUAAAACGAUACAGUCAACUCUUUCUAAGACGGACACUUUUGGGACCGGCGUUCAGUGUCCUUCUAAGAGUGAUGUCUGUCUUGUAGAGAGUCAAAUAAAGGGAGUAAAGAAAGGCAGGGACCAACUCUAGGUGUCUGUUUUACAGAGGUGUCCGUCUUAUAGAGAGUCAAAUAAAGGCAGUAAAGAAAGGCGGGGACCAACUCUAGGUGUCCGUUUUACAGAGGAUGUCCGUCUUAUAGAGAGUCAAAUAAAGGCGGGAAAGAAAAACGGUGACCAACUCUAGGUGUCGGCUGAGGUUUGCGUUAAGAGAGAGUCAACUGUACACACCAAAAGUCACUUUGAAAAAGAGGCUUAAGAUGAUUCAGAAGUAGUCUAUCGCAAUAGUGAUUUGCAAUAGACUAUUUCUGAAUGGGGUAAAUAAUGGAUAAAAGACGUGGGAGAUAAGAGGUAUUUCUCUCCCCAGUUCCCUCUUGGUCAUCCUCCUGCCUUAUUUUAAGUUUUUGUGUUAGGUUUUACUGCUCCCCAAAGUCUUAUCACCUGGAAUAGAGCCAAUCCUUACCUGAAAAAAAUGCUGUUAUUUAUAUUUACUACUGUAAUAGUGGAAUGCAUUGCAGUUUUUUACUUGAUAGAGUAUUUUACUUUUGGCUAUUUUCAUUUAGUUUCCACACCCUCAAACUAAAAUACAAAUCAUACCUUCGCCUGAAGACGACAGCUGUAGUUUUUGACCAAUCAGAAUGCAAGUAGUAUUGUAAAUGCCGUCAAGGACUAUUCAUCCAAUCGCAGCACUCGUACUAAAUAAUGUGGUGAGAAUCUUGUCAAGAAUUAAAGAAAGCCUUAUGGCCGUGUAAAAAAGAAGUGCAUUUCAGUAUUACCAUUUUUGACCGUAACCCAAAGAGCUUGCAAUAUUGCUGUUUAACUAUGGUGAAAUGAUGUGUUCAUGUGAUUGUCGUGUUUGCUGAACUGUAAUUUUCUAUCGUGCUUGGUCGAUCUUGUGUGGUGGUAUUUAAAAUUAGUUUUGAUGGAAUUUUUUUUUUAUUACAAGGUGUACACCGUCGCAAAUUCAGAAUAUAAAAUAAUUUUU